GUCAACCAAAAAAUAUGCUUUGGAAUAAUCAUUUUAGAGAAAUUAAUUUGCAAGCUGAUGGUCAUAAAGAUUGGGAGUGUUUAUAUUGUAAUGAACAAAAUCUACGUACAUUUGAUAUGAAUAUGAAUGCGUAUUUAGCUUUAAAUUAUAAAAAAGUUCCACUUAAUAUUAAACAGGAUCUUUUACAAAAAUUUCCUGUACCAAAUCAAAAAAAAACCAAAACAGUGAUAGAUAUUCUCACUGAUAUACAACCACGAAUUAACAGUAAAUUUCAAACUAUAAAUCAAAUAGAUUCUAGACAUGAAGAAUUAUAUUUUUGCAAAAAUUUAUGUAUUUCAUACAAACCACCUGACCGAAAAAGUUUAAGUAAUGAUUGGCUUAAUUUUGAAACAGCACAAGUUAUAGUAGCUAUGGAAAAAGAACUUCAAUAUAAAA